CACUUUGCAAAGUGCUAGCGCUUUCAUUUUGAAAAUGUCACGCAAUUUUCCACCGCUUGCUGUGCCGAUUUGGAUGCAAAAGCUAAAAAAUGGUGCCUAUAUAUCAAAACAAGGACUUGAGCGCUGUUUGCUGCCGUUUAUGAAAGAGGGUGAAGCUACCCAGGCAGUUGACAACGCCAUGAAGCUUGGCAUUUUAGUGCCAAAGGCUAAGGGCAAUGGCAAUCGGAUAUUGCUUUGUUUUUCACAGAAAGUUACAAAGCCUUUAACCAAGGAUCCGUAUUGUUUCGAGUGUCACCUGUCUGGCACGACGCGCUUAAAGAAAUGUGCUGCUUGUGUGCGUAGCUUUCAUGUGGCUUGCCAGCGCAAAGAUCCUCAUCGUCCUAACUAUGCAGUACCGUCAGAUAGAGGACAGCCACAUCAAUUUCCACUAAAUGAGUCCGAUGUGGAGCAGGCAAUCGCACAGGAAGACAGCGAGGAGUCUGAUAAUGAGACGCCAAUGCCAGAGCCAGCGGUCUUAAUAGAACCGCCACCACAGAUUGAAGUAGACUACAAUUGCAAUAUCAGCUCCAUGUCGCGACAAUCCCUAAAGCAUGAAGACUAUUCCGACAAUGAUGUUUAUUUCGUAAGCGAGCAGCCAGCGCGCAAGCGGAGACGUGCUAGUUCGUAUAUUAAAAAUGAAGACGUGCACAGCAACGAGUCCAGCGACGAACUGGAUCAUUGCACUCCCUGCCGCCUUUUGAAAUUGCCAAGCCUGCUCAACCCACCGCAUGUGACCACGGACGAACUAAACUGUCUGCUGGGCUACUCAUGGCAGAAGCACCAAAGCUGGCUAAAGAAAGAUGUGCGCAAGCACAUUUCCAAGCACUGGGGCGAACAUGAUGCAACACUGGUCAAGAGUGUGCUCUUUACAAAUGAUGUAUUAGGACUGUCGGAUAUUGCUCAAAGCAUACAAACGCACAAGUUCAAACAGCUCUGCGAACUUCUCAUAGAUUUACUUGAUCUGCAGCAUAAUAUUGGAGUUUUCUUUGGAACCAAAUGUGAAAUAUACAAUGCCACCAAAUGGCUGCUACGUGAUAUUACGCAUGAUAUACGAGAGAUACGACGCUGCUCUGACUGCUAUCGUUACUCCAACGAGGCGAAUCGAUCUACGCUGUGGUUUGCCAAGCCCUGUACUCAGCGUCAUGAGUUGGUCUACGCCAAACAGCAGGGUUCACCCUAUUGGCCAGCUAAGGUUAUACGUGUAAUGACAAAGAAUUGCAACAUUUACGACGUACGAUUUUUCGGCGGUUCCCAUGGGCGCGCACUUCUUUCUCACCGCAAAAUACGUCCCAUAGAUGCAGAUCUUUCUGCACUCAACCAGAAGCUUAAGAAUUCACGUGCCUUACAUAUGGCAUUGCGUGAACUCCAUUGCCAUAAGAUGUUAUUGCAUCAGCCCAUGUAUUUGUUUAAUUUUUACGCCGAUCCGCAAGAGGCUCAGAUGCUUAUUGAUCGCACAUUGUCACAUUAUAUGGACAUUGCUCGUCCUGCGACGCCAGCUUUGUCCAGAAAACGAAAAGCUACAACAGCAAUAGCGCGCGUGCAGCCGUCCCGCCGCUGUUCCACGGCCACGAGACCAGAAGCAUUCAGCGAAAUCAACUCUAGCACCACCUCUUCUUCGCCCACAUUUGAGAAUUCAACACAGAUGGCACAUAAUGAAUUAGUGCAAGAAGUUUUUAUUUUAAACAGCCAGCUUAAUCGCGUCAAUAAUGAGUUGACAGCGGUGAAGCAGGAUCUGAAUGCUGUGAAGCGUCAAAGAUGGUGCCAGCAUUGCCUUAAGAGUGCCAAAUUUGAUUGUUGCUUUGCCGCCUCCUACUGCAGUCAGGAGUGCCAACGGCUCAAUAAACGACUCCAUCAGGGAAGUUGUCAUCUUAAAGGCAGAAGAGCGAUUCAAAAUAGAUUAUAA